CAUUUUCGGGUCGCGACUGUCAUCGUUGGAACACACUUCUAAAACUGUGCGAGAACGCAGCGGUCCCUCACUAUCUUUAAAACAACUUCUGAGGAUGGAUAGGACGAUGUCGACUCAUAGCAAAUAGUGUUCCUGUAUUUUGAGCGCUGCUCUGGUUCAAGCCAAGCUACAAAGACAAGAGAACAUUGACUAGGCUUAUUCGUGGCAGGCUCGAAUUCAUUAGCUAGCCAGGCAGCAAUGCUAGCAUAAUUGGUUACAAUGUAUUGCUUGGAAUUUGCGAGUUUUUAGACGGCAGCGGCAUUAUACAACGGGAUUAAAGCCAGUGGUGUUUCGUGGGCUAUUUUUAUAGUGCAGCAGGCCGAAAAACGUGUCAUCGGGAUUUAACCGGCGGGCGGACUGGGGAGAGAGAGAAGGUACAUAGAUGUGGUACACAGACUCACUUUUGUUGUUACCUGACUACAUUUAACAAUUUGCUUAGCCGUAGGAAACGUAUCACUUUAAAGAUCUGUAAUAUUAUCCUGUCAAUGUUUAUAUAAGCGCAGGUUUAUAUCGGUAUCUCCUCAGCCUUGACGUUGUCAUUGCCGUUCACGAGCAUAGCCCACUCUUUAAAAAAGUGAUGGAAGUGGAGCAUCACAACAGUCCGUCGUGCUUUGUUUGAGCUCGAGGUAGCCGGGGGCAGCGCACUUGUCUUGGGGAAAAUAGAACCGUUUCGAUUAAGGUAACGUUUGGAUUGAGAGUCAAUACGAGGUUUUUGAGUGUAUUUUUAACAGAAUAUUAAUUAAAUUGGCUUAUAUUUUGACGUCCAUUCGAGAGAGCUAGGAUACUUAAAUCAUACCAGUGUUCCUCUCCCAGACUAGGCUCGUGAUAUCACCAACGUUCUACAAUGUUGCCAAUCGAGCUCGUCUUGGUUCGCUACAUUGUUUGGACGAGUCAUCGCUUAUUUUAAGUCUUGAGGAAAUUGUUGUGGUCAUCAUGAAUUAGUAUAGAGACUUUACACAGUGUUCUCACGACCGCAUCCAUUGCAGAAAGAAAUGCAGAAGCAUAUUUCGUUCUGGGCCUCAAACCUGCCGCUAUGCUUACAAACAUGUCGGAGUGUUUUUUGUAGGACAUGAGCCUAUGUGUGACAAUUAGGCCUAUCAUGCUAUGUACGAUAUAGGCCUGGAUCUUAUAAUAGUUUAGGUCUCUCAAACUACUAAAUGUAUUUUAUUUCCGUGUAAUGCUCUGCUCUAUCGAUCUCCUUCAUUGAUCCUCUGUCUCCCAUUUCUUGUCAUCCUGUGAGAGGGGCGGUAACGAAAGUGUGUCGGCCCAUAUACUAGGUUACUAUUGACAGUAAGAUGGAUCGAUAACAAGAGUUGCAAAUUGCCAAACGUCCCAUACAGUGUUUGAGAGAUUUGUUAGCUGUGGCAAUCGGAUGGGAAAUUACGGGAUCGCUCAUAUUGGUGCAUUGCAGUCAAUGGAUUGUGCGGGCGGGGAAGGGAGGAGGAGGGAGGUGAUGUUGUGGGCGAGGGCCUCCUGGCGUCGGGAGAGGAGAACAGGUGCGCGUCCACAACAAAGCAGAGGAGUGGAGGAGAAGUCGCGGAGUCGCGUAUUUCUGCUCGGUCCAGCUACAAUUCUGCGACGAUGCGUGUGUUUACCUUCCAUGAUUCCAUUUAGUCAGUUCUGUUCUCUCGCGAGAUAGAAAGACUGACUAUAAAGGUAGUGCCACGCAAACGAUGUAUAGAAUAGCUUUGUAACUGAAAUGCUCACAGCUCAUUAAUUAAUUUAUUCAAGCUCAAAAGAUGAGUCCCAUUGGAACAGAGGCAGAUGGUGCAGAGGAGUGAGCUGUGGCGUGGUUGGUUGUUGGUAACAGACUGAACAGUUCUGUUUGAACAAAAUCUCUCUUGAUUUGGACAUCAUUUAUUCUGAGAGAUUUUGUUCCUCUAAUGCGCAUCCUUGAAAUAAUCUCAUAGUCGGACAUUCAUUAUUUCUGAGUCUUGUAAUAUUAUUAGAUGGCUCUUCCUCUAACUACUAACUAGCCUUGAUUCUAAGAGCUUUGAAGAAUAAUAUGGGAACUCAAGACUAACCUCUCUAACUCUCUCCCCUCCAGUGUGUGUGAACUCAGGUUAUGUCCACCAUGGUGUACCCACGCAGCGAGGAGACCCUGGAGCGCCUGACCCAGGAUGAGAUAGUGCUCAACACCAAGGCUGUGAUGCAGGGCCUGGAGACCCUCCGAGGGGAGCAUGCCCAGCUCCUCACAUCCCUGCUGGACUGCACCCAGCCACCCGCUGCCCAGGAGAAGUCAGGCCUGCUGCGCAAGAGCCUGGAGGCCAUAGAACUGGGCCUGGGAGAGGCACAGGUAGGAGAAAGGGAGGGGGUGGGAGAGAUGGGUAAGGAGAGAUAAGGGGGAAAGAGGGGUUGAGGGAUGGAGAGAGGGGGGGAAAGAAAGAGAAAAGAGAGAGAAUAGAGGGGGUUGAGUGGAAGAUGCUUACUGCUCUGGUUUAGACAUACAGGAUGAUGAUGAUGCAAUGAUGAGAAAUCACGAGGGGGAAGGGUGAAAAAGAUGAUGCUGGUCCUCUACGUGGUACAUUGUGUGACUAAGAGUGAAGGAGAGGAUAUAUUUAGAUUAAUGUCUCUUAUAGAAAGAGAGGACAAUGAAUUAUAGAGAAUAUGGAAGUUGUUCUUCCUGUAUGAAGGUGCCAGUGGGAAUCUGUCUUAGACACAGAUGGACUGAUAUAACAUGAAAUGCGUAAAAGAACAUCCCAAAAUACAUAUUCAAAGCUUUCCCUCCCUGCCUGCCACUCAACUCACUCCUCCAUCUCCCCACCCUAUUUUGAAUAGAGUAGAAUAUAAUUAUACAUUGUCCACCAAAGAGGACAUUCUCUGCACUGGUCUCAGAAUAGGUUACAACAAGCAGUCUGUCAUGGGAGGUAGCCUAGCGGUUUGAUCGUUGGGCCAGUAACCGGAAGGUUGCUCUUCGAAUCCCUGAGCCGACAAGGUGAAAAAUCUGUUGAUGUGCUCUUGAGCAAGGCACUUACCCUAAUUGCUCCAGAGUCACCAUUGAUAAUAGGAUAUGCAAAAAAACAUUUCCAUUUCAAACAUGUAUUCAUACACACUUGAACAUGUGUGAAAUAGAACACAUAUAAACACUGACUAAAUAAUAAUAAUGUAUUAUUAUUAUUAUUAUACACACUCAUUCCCACAGACUACCACUUCCCUCCCUUUGAAACCAAAACAUGAUCAAAGCUUUCCUGUAUUAUUUUAACCCCUCCCUAUUUGCCAGGUUGUCAUUUAAAACAAGAGUUAGCUCUUAAUUGACCUGCUUAGAUAAAUGAAGGUUAAAUAGAUCAAAUAAACUCCCUCUCUUCAGGUGAUCAUCGCCCCAAGGCUAGCCGCUUACUCUUUAGAAACAAAAACAUUCUCAAGGCUUUCUCUCUUCGUUCAAUUAACCCUUUUGAAUCAAUUUCUGCGGCCCUGCGGAAAUCGAAUUAUCAUAAUACAAUAGUCCCCAUAAAUAUCUGUCUAAGCAAGAGAUAUCCGUUUUUUUGCAAGGGCUGCAUCUCAGUCGCCGAUAUCGGCCUUCUGCGGUGAAAGGUGGCCGAGCUACAGCGGUGUUUGUCAGACCAGGAGACAUUCCGAAAAUCGGUCUUCUCACGAAAAUGUCUGUAUGACUAUAUUUCUGGGGGGACACCUAAAGGGGUCCUAAAAUUCAAACUCAAAUAUCUAAAUGAUCCAUGGUAUGACCAUUUUAUAAGAAUUCCAUAUGUCAGCUUAGUAGAACCCCCCCCCACCCUGGCUUAGACUGUAGAGGGUUAACCCCUCAUUCCAUCCCUCCCUCCCUCUCCCCAGGUGAUCAUUGCCCUAUCGGGUCACCUGAGUGCUGUGGAGUCAGAGAAACAGAAGCUAAGAGCCCAGGUCAGACGACUGUGCCAAGAGAACCAGUGGUUAAGAGACGAGCUGGCAGGAACACAGGUACAUAUACAGCAUAUCACUACAUACUGCUUACAGUGGUAGUUCACUCUAAUAUCAAUGGUUGUCAGACGUUUCUAAAACCAAAGUGAUUAAAACGUUUUGAGUCCAUGUCCCGAUGUAGCUCAGUUGGUAGAACAUGGCUUACAGCGCCAGGGUUGUGGGUUCAAUUCCCACGGGGGACCAGUAUGAAAAAAGUAUUACAAUGCAUGCACUCACUACUACUGUAAGUCGCUCUGGAUAAGAGCGUCUGCUAAAUGACAUAAAUGUAAAAUGUACACAGUCGAUGGUGUGGGAUGUGGACUCAUCUCGUCAAUUUCGAUUUUGGAGUAUGCUAUCAUUUUAAACCCUUCCAAAGCAAAACAUUUGCCAAGCUUCCCCUCCCUCACACUCACAUCUCCUCCCUCUCCCCUCCCCUCCCCUCCCCCCAGCACAAGCUGCAGCGUAGUGAGCAGAGUGUUGCCCAGCUAGAGGAGGAGAAGAAACACCUGGAGUUCAUGAACCAGAUCAAGAAGUUUGAUGAUGACGUGUCACAGUCUGAGGAGAAGGCUGCAGGGCAGACGUCUAAAGACAGCCUGGACGACCUGUUCCCCAAUGAUGACGACCAGGGACAAGGUAUGAUGAUUGGUUGAUUGACUGAUCUGAUUAAUUGAUCAAGAAGAAGAAGACCAUUGAGGGGAAUCCCACAAAAGUCUAAAUUAAAAUUUUCCAACCCAGAGACUGUAGUCAACAUCUGUAGAGCAAUAGCCCAUCAAAUCCUGUGACAUCAUCAGCUGUAGCAGAGCACUAACGUUGAUGUUGUCACAGGGUUGCAUUCACAAAUGGUGCUAGACAUUUUGAGUCAAGUCCUGUUGGAGCAAUGUACCAAGAAUGAGACCUCCUCUCCUCUCCUCUCCCUUCUAUUUUCCUUCCCCCCUCCAGCCCAGCCCAGUGGAGAGGUGGCGGCCCAGCAGGGUGGUUAUGAGAUCCCAGCCCGCCUGAGGACCCUCCACAACCUGGUGAUCCAGUACGCCUCUCAGGGGAGGUACGAGGUGGCCGUGCCCCUCUGCAAACAGGCCCUGGAAGACCUGGAGAAGACCUCCGGACACGACCACCCUGACGUGGCCACCAUGCUCAACAUCCUGGCCCUGGUCUACAGGUGUGUGUGAAUAGGAUGGAGAGAUGGAUGGGUGCAGAGAGGAUGUGUAGAUAGUUGUAGAUACUCUUGUUCAGAUGAAUAGCUGGCUGAAGAUAAUGAAUGGAGACUUACUGGUUAACUACAGGUAGCACAUGUAUACAUCUUCCAACAUUAUAUGAUCUUUUCUUCCAGGGACCAGAACAAGUACAAAGAGGCAGCUCAUCUGCUGAACGAUGCCCUGGCCAUCAGAGAGAAGACCCUGGGGAAGGACCACCCUGCGGUAGCCGCCACUCUCAACAACCUGGCCGUGCUCUAUGGGAAGAGGGGCAAGUACAAGGAGGCUGAGCCCCUCUGUAAGAGAGCCCUGGAGAUCAGAGAGAAGGUAUGGAUCAUUACAGAGUUUUUCCUGGUUAGGUCAUGUGGUCAGAUAAAAAUUAAUAGUCCAUGAAUAACUCACAAGUGAAACUAUAUGUAUGACUUGUUCUAUCAUGUAGGUAAAGUAUUUAAAUGCGUGUGUGUGUUCAGGUCCUGGGGAAGUACCACCCUGACGUGGCCAAGCAGCUGAACAACCUGGCCCUGCUGUGUCAGAACCAGGGAAAAUACGAGGAGGUGGAGUAUUAUUACAGACAAGCCCUGGAGAUCUACCAGUCCAAACUGGGGACUGACGACCCCAACGUAGCCAAGACCAAGAACAACCUGGUGAGGAGGGAGAGAGAUUGUAGUAGAUGGGUUGAAGAGCUACAUUUUCAGUAAUGAAUUCCCCCUGAAAUAUUUUAUCAAGAUGAAUCAAAUUGAAAAGACUGAUGUUUUUUGCAAACUUGGUAUUGUUACAUUUAUUUGCUUGUGUAUUGAAUUGAGUUGUAUUUUCGCAUCCAACCAUUUGACAUGUUUCAUCUCAUCUCUCUAGGCUACAUGCUACCUCAAACAGGGAAAGUUCAAGGAUGCUGAGUCUCUGUACAAAGAGAUCCUGACCAGAGCACAUGAGAAGGAGUUUGGAUCAGUCAACAGUGAGUCUCCUACAGAGGACAUUAACACAUCAGUCACUGACAGACUAGGGCUGCAUCCCAAAUCCCAUCAUGGCCAGCUAAUCAUGCCCUCAUUCCUAAUUGGCAUAUAUCACUCCUCACCUAUCCACCUCAUAGCUGAUUUGUUGUGAACGUUCUGGCACAAAAUGGUUGCUGUACACGCCCAGGUGGGUGCUACAUAUUGGUGGUGGAUGAGGUGAGUUUCCCCCUACUAUGUAAAGCGCUUUCAGUACCUCGGUAGAAAACGCUAUAUAAAUCCAAUCAAUUGUUACUAAUUAAAUGGCACCCUAUUCCCUAUGUAGUGCACUACUUUGGACCAGAGCCCUGUGGGAAUAGGGUGCCAUUUGGGAUGUAGCCUAGUACUACAUGUGCCACCACAACAGACCAACCAACCAACUCCAUCAACUCUUCAUGUAGCAUUAGAAGAGGUGUGAAUCAACAGUAUGUCCUUUCUGGCUGUGACUGCCCAGUAAACCCUGUGGUCAUUGGCUGGCCAUGCGUGGCCGUGUCCUGGCUAAAACAGGCUAUCUGUCAUGUGUAAAGCAUCUUAAUGCACCACCGUGUCCAGAUCACUGCCUUUAAGCCAAUCAAACCCUUACACACUCUCUCACGCUCUGUAGAGCACAGUACAGGAGGGGGUCUGGCAUGGGUCAGCAUGGUACACUUUGUGUUCCCACACACACUGUAGGUUUCACAUAGUUAGCAUUGAGGUGGAAUACUCUUUUAAUGAUAUGCCAUAAAUGAAUCCAUUUGGUUUUAAAUGCAAACACCUUUUAUUUGUUGUGUGAGGGAACGUACAGUAUACGUGUGGUAUACUUUUCUGGUCCUUGCAAUAAAAUAUAUGAACGUACAAAUGAAACCGUGCCACUCAUCCCCUCUUCUCCUCUCUUCUUCCUCCUCUCUUCAUCCUCUCCUCUCCUCCUCCUCUCUUCUCCUCCCUCUCUUCUCCUCCUCUCUUCAUCCUCUCCUCUCCUCCUCUCUUCUCCUCUUCUCUUCAUCCUCUCCUCUCCAUCUCCUCUUCUCCUCCUCUCUUCAUCCUCCUCUUCUCCUCCUCUCUUCUCCUCCUCUCUUCAUCCCCUCCUCUCUUCAUCUCCUCCCCUCCUCCUCUUCUUCUCUCUUGCAGACGACAACAAGCCAAUCUGGAUGCAUGCGGAGGAGAGAGAGGAGAGCAAGGUAGCUCCAGUAUGACUGAUCUGAACCAUGGUCCCACUGUAUCACUGUUAAUGGCAGCUUAUUAACUCUGAUGGAUAGGUAGACUAAUAGGACAGAGAGGAACACAGAGAAUAUUCAAGUAUUAAUAAUAGAGGAGGCUUUAUAAUAAGGUCAUAAUUCAUGUCUACUGCUGCUAACUGCCCCUCUAUUCUCUCUGUCUUUCUGCACUCUCUUAUCGCUCUCUCUCUCAGGGGAAGAAGAAGGAAGCUAGUCCCUGUGUAGAGUAUGGGAGCUGGUACAAGGCCUGCAAAGUUGACAGGUGAGAGUUACUAUUCAAUUUAAUUUGAAUGUGAGAUAAAUACACAGAACUCAGUGUUUAAAAUUAUAUAAACAUUGUGGUUUAAUGAUGACAUGAUAUUGACAUGUACUUAAUUCCUGUCAGUCCUACUGUCAAUACCACCCUGAAGAGCCUGGGGGCGCUGUACCGCAGACAGGGUAAACUACAGGCAGCUGAGACACUGGAGGAGUGUUCUACCAAGACACGCAAGCAGGUACUAGUAAUACAUUAUCAGGUACUAGUAAUACAUUAUCAGGUACUAGUAAUACAUUAUAUGGUACUAGUAAUACAUUAUCAGGUACUAGUAAUACACUAUCACUAUCGGGUACUAGUAAUACACUAUCACUAUCAGGUACUAGUAAUACACUAUCAGGUACUAGUAAAACACUAUCAGAUACUAGUAAUACACUAUCAGGUACUAGUAAUACACUAUCAGUAUCAGGUACUAGUAAUAUACCAGCAGGUACUAGUAAGACACUAUCACUAUCAGGUACUAGUAAUACACUACCACUAUCAGGUACUGGUAAUUCACUAUCAGGUAAUAGUAAUUCACUAUCACUAUCAGGUACUAGUAAUUCACUAUCAGGUACUAGUAAUUCACUAUCAUGUACUAGUAAUUCAUUACCACUAUCAGGUACUAGUAAUUCACUAUCAGGUACUAGUAAUACACUAUCAGGUACUAGUAAUUCACUACAACUAUCAGGUACUAGUAAUACACUAUCACUAUCAGGUACUAGUAAUACACUAUCACUAUCAGGUACUAGUAAAACACUAUCAGAUACUAGUAAUACACUCUCACUAUCAGGUACUAGUAAUACACUAUAAGGUACUGGUAAUUCGCUAUCAGGUACUAGUAAUUCACUAUCAGGUACUAGUAAUACACUAUCAUGUACUAGUAAUUCAUUACCACUAUCAGGUAAUAGUAAUUCACUAUCAGGUAAUAGUAAUUCACUAUCAGGUACUAGUAAUUCACUAUCAGGUACUAGUAAUUCACUAUCAGGUAAUAGUAAUUCACUAUCACUAUCAGGUACUAGUAAUUCACUAUCAGGUAAUAGUAAUUCACUAUCAGGUACUAGUAAUACACUAUCAGGUACUAGUAAUUCACUAUCAUGUACUAGUAAUUCAUUACCACUAUCAGGUACUAGUAAUUCACUAUCAGGUACUAGUAAUUCACUAUCAGGUACUAGUAAUUCACUAUCAGGUAAUAGUAAUUCACUAUCACUAUCAGGUACUAGUAAUUCACUAUCAGGUACUAGUAAUUCACUAUCAGGUAAUAGUAAUUCACUAUCAGGUAAUAGUAAUUCACUAUCAGGUACUAGUAAUUCACUAUCAUGUACUAGUAAUUCAUUACCACUAUCAGGUACUAGUAAUUCACUAUCAGGUACUAGUAAUUCACUAUCAGGUACUAGUAAUUCACUAUCAGGUACUAGUAAUUCACUAUCAGGUACUAGUAAUUCACUAUCAGGUACUAGUAAUUCAUUACCACUAUCAGGUACUAGUAAUUCACUAUCAGGUACUAGUAAUUCACUAUCAGGUACUAGUAAUUCACUAUCAGGUACUAGUAAUUCACUAUCAGGUACUAGUAAUACACUAUCACUAUCAGGUACUGGUAAUACACAUUCAGUCAAAAAAGGUCCUACACAGGUCCUACACAAUCACUGAAAAAGCAGGUACAAGCACUGAGACACUGACAGUGCAAUUACCAAGGGCUGUAGUCUAGAGUCUUGAAGCUCUCACAUACACUCUGUUUCAACCCUGCUGACAUUUAGGAUUCAUUAUCAUGUCUCUCUCUCUCUCCCCCCCCAGGGUAUAGAUGCCAUUAACCAGAGUAAGGUGGUGGAGCUCCUGAAGGAUGGGGCACCAGGAGGGGGAGAGCGACGGCAGAGCCGGGAGGGUCUCAACGGCCCCCAGCGGGGGGACUGUGAGGGGGACGACGGAGCAGAGUGGAACGGGGUACGGCGCACCUGUCAGUGUCUUAUUAUUGUUGAAAGAUGAAGAAUUCAGUGAACAUACGGUCAAAUUAGGGCUGGGCGAUAUAUCGAAUUAAUUCCAAAAUAACAAAAAGGGCAUUUUCAUAGACAGACUUGAAAGCCAGAUCAGUGAUUAUUGCAAAAAAGCAGGUUAAAAUAAUUAAAUGUAGAGUGGGUCUUAUGGUUGAAGGUUUAUAUUUAGCCUAGGUAUAAUUUUAGAAGCCCUGAAUUCAUAAAAGUAUUCCCAACCGUUUGAAAUGCAGUGUAUUUACCUUUUUAAUUGUGCAACAAAGCUUAUUUAGAGAGAGAAACAAUUGAGUUAUAUAUUGUGAAUCGCCCGUAAGUUAGAAAAAUGUAGAUGUUUUUUUUUUUUUCUAGCAACAAUGUGUAGCUAAAAUCUAGUGUGAUGUUUGUUGUGCCUGACAAAUACAUUGAUAGAAGUAAUAAAAAGGCUUACAUAAAUAUUUAUUACAUAAAUAAUGACUUGAUUUCUGUUUAGAGGCCACUCCUUAAUGUGUAGUGGUUGUCUUGUUCUCUCAGGAAGGGAACGGUUUGUUGCGUCGGAGCGGAUCCUUUGGGAAGAUCCGUGAAGCGCUGCGUAGGAGCAGUGAGAUGCUGGUGAAGAAACUACAGGGCAGUGGCCCCCAGGAGCCCCGCAACCCAGGGUGAGAGAAACUGUGUGUCUGGACCCUAGCCCAUCACUGAUCAUACUGUGUGUCUGGACCCUAGCCCAUCACUGAUCAUACUGUGUGUCUGGACCCUAGCCCAUCACUGAUCAUACUGUGUGUCUGGACCCUAGCCCAUCACUGAUCAUACUGUGUGUCUGGACCCUAGCCCAUCACUGAUCAUACUGUGUGUCUGGACCCUAGCCCAUCACUGAUCAUACUGUGUGUCUGGACCCUAGCCCAUCACUGAUCAUACUGUGUGUCUGGACCCUAGCCCAUCACUGAUCAUACUGUGUGUCUGGACCCUAGCCCAUCACUGAUCAUACUGUGUGAAUGUUUUGUGUUUCCCUCAGGAGGUUUGUUCUUUGGUGGGGAGCCGACUAGGCACCUGAGUUAGUAACCUAAUGUCAAAAAGGAAACACCCAGGCAUUGAAACAUUUUCUAUUGAUGCUAACUGAAACGUAAACGUCUGUCUGUGUGUUCCUCAGGAUGAAGAGAGCCAGCUCCCUCAACUUCCUCAACAAGAGUGCAGAAGACCCCUCACAGGUACCAUCUGUUAACCCUACAUCACUGUCACUGAGCUAUGAACCUGUUAGUUACCAGCCAAGGACUGCUGUCACUGAGCUAUGAACCUGUUAGUUACCAGCUGUCACGAUCGUCAGGGAGAGACCAAUGCGCAGCGUGUUGAACGAACAUAGUGAACUUUAUUAUCUUUAGUGAUAAUCGACACAAUAAACAAAACAAGAAACGACUCGUGACGUCCACAGUAUCAAUGACCGAACACGGAACAAAAACCCACAAACACAAAGGGAAAACAUACAGUUUAAAUAUGGCUCCCAAUCAGAGACAACCAGCCAACAGCUGACACUCGUUGCCUCUGAUUGGGAGUCACUCAGGCCAACAUAGAAAUAGACAAACUAGAACCCCCAACAUAGAAAUAUAACACAUAGAAUAAACACACCCUGGCUCAACAAAUAGAGUCCCAGAGCCAGGGUGUGACAGUACCCCCCCCUAAAGGCGCGGACUGCGACCGCGCCUCAAUAAGAGCAAAACAGGGGAGGGCUGGGUGGGCAUACCUCCUCGGCGGCGGUUCUGGCUCCGGCCUUGCCCACCACCCUCCAAUAAACCCCCCAUAGCGCCCCUGGUCCGGUCUGGCCCCGCUGGCUGGAGCUGACCUGGACGUAGCAGGAGCGGCUAGCUUCAGCUCCAUUGUGGAGCAGUUGAGCGGUACCUGAUUUGGCACCGAUAACCCAGGCACGGGUUGUGCCGGACUGACGACGCGCACCCCUGGCUUGGUGCGUGAGGCAGGAACUGACCGGACCGGGCUGACGAUGCGCACCCCUGGCUUGGUGCGUGGAGCAGCAACGGGCCGGAUCGGGCUGACGAUGCGCACCCCUAGCUUGGUGCGUGGAGCCGGAACGGGCCUCACCGGACUGACGACUCGCACCCCUGGCUUGGUGCAUGGAGCCGGAACGGGCCUCACCGGACUGACGACUCGCACCCCUGGCUUGGUGCGUGGAGGAGGGACGGGCCUUACCAGGCUGACGACUCGCACCCCUGGCUUGGUGCGAGUGGCCGGAACAGGCCGGGCCGGGCUGGCGACGCGCACCGUAGACUUGGUGCGAGUGGCAGGAACAGGCCGGGCCGGGCUGGCGACGCGCACCGUAUACUUGGUGCGAGUGGCAGGAACAGGCCGGGCCGGGCUGGCGACGCGCACCGUAUACUUGGUGCGAGUGGCAGGAACAGGCCGGGACGGGCUGGCGACGCGCACCGUAGACUUGGUGCGAGUGGCAGGAACGGGCCGGGCUGGCGACGCGCACCGUAUACUUGGUGCGAGUGGCAGGAACAGGCCGGGCCGGGCCGGGCUGGCGACGCGCACCGUAUACUUGGUGCGAGUGGCAGGAACAGGCCGGGACGGGCUGGCGACGCGCACCGUAGACUUGGUGCGAGUGGCAGGAACAGGCCGGGCUGGCGACGCGCACCGUAGACUUGGUGCGAGUGGCAGGGACAGGCCGGACCAGGCUGGCGACGCACACCGUAGGCUUGGUGCGUGGAGCAGGGACAGGCCGAACCGGGCUGUGGAGACGGAUAGGAGCCCUGGAGUGAAGAGCGGCCACAACCCGUCCUGGCUGAAUGCCUACCCUCACACACUCUGUGUGAGGCAUCCGCACAGGACGUACAGGGCGGUGUAUCCGUAACCUGGUGGCCUCCAGAAUCCGCCCCUCUUUUGCCUCCGUCAGCCCCGUCGUCCAUGCCGUGUGCCCCCCCCUAAAAAAUUUCUGGGGUUGCCUCUCGACCGCCCGACGACGACCCUGAUCACGCCGUUGCUCCUCUCUACGGCGCGCCUCCACCGUCUCUUCUCCCGGCGCUUCCUCCCAUGUCCAGCCCAAGAGCUGCCCCUGGACACGCUGCUUGGUCGUUGCAUGGUGGGUUUUUCUGUCACGAUCGUCAGGGAGAGACCAAGGCGCAGCGUGAUGAACAAACAUACUUUAAUUAGUUAAAGUUUAAACAUGAAUACAAAACCAGAAACGACUCGUGACGUCCACGGUAUCAAUGACCGAACACGGAACAAAAACCCACAAACACAAAGGGAAAACAUACAGUUUAAAUAUGGCUCCCAAUCAGAGACAACCAGCCAACAGCUGACACUCGUUGCCUCUGAUUGGGAGUCACUCAGGCCAACAUAGAAAUAGACAAACUAGAACCCCCAACAUAGAAAUAUAACACAUAGAAUAAACACACCCUGGCUCAACAAAUAGAGUCCCAGAGCCAGGGUGUGACACCAGCCAAGGACUGCUGUCACUGAGCUAUUAACCUGUUAGUUACCAGCCAAGGACUGCUGUUACUGAGCUAUUAACCUGUUAGUUACCAGCCAAGGACUGCUGUCACUGAGCUAUUAACCUGUUAGUUACCAGCCAAGGACUGCUGUCACUGAGCUCCUGAGUUAUACAUCUGAAUGAAAAGAUUGGACUUCCAUUAAAGUUUUAGAUUUAGUUAGUGCUAUGUUGUUGUUUGGUGUCUACCCCUUAUCACUUUGGUGUCUAUCCCUUAUCAAACCUCCUUUCUGUUUUCUCUCUCUCUCCCUCCCUCUCUCCAGGACGCCAACACCGGCCUAUCAGAAUGCAGAGGACUGAGUGCCAGCAAUGUGGACUUGUCAAGACGCAGCUCCCUGAUUGGUUAAACAGAGACGGGAGGCGGGACCAGGAGGAGGAAGGCCCAAUGACGGGACCAGGCGGAGGAAGGCCCAAUGAGGAGAGGCAGUUUGCCACCUGAGGCGAUCAAAACACACUUCAGAUCCAACACUCGCAUUCAAGACAAGUUUUCUAAAGAAACAAGAAAAAGUAUUGCGUAAAACCUGAUUUGACGUGGCUUUUUGUGACUCAGACGUCUCUGUCUUCUUCACUGUAUACUUCGCUGGCAUCUAUCAAACAAGUACAGAAAAUCAUAUUUAAACGGCAUGCUGCUUACUAGAACGUGGAAUGUCUGCACUAGACACUCAUGGUGACUCUGAGGCAUAGCACCGUGAUAGAAUCCAUAUUAUUAUCGCAGCGUGACGAAUUUCUAUCUUAUCCCGCCCACUCUCGUACAGACACUCAACCUUAGGUAGGCUAGUUCUAUUCUGAUUUCUAUCUUAGAGAAGUGUAACCUAGGUCAGUGUGCUGCUAACGGUUUAGCUUCCUCCACUGUCCCUGUCCCCAUAUCUGGCUCGAACCAGUGAUCCUCUGCUUCGCAACACACGUGACCGCCCUCCAUGACAACGUGCGAACCGAAUACAAAAGGUACCAGUUGGUUAGUUCCAUCGGCGACAUUUCAGGCUAGCUGUGGAGUGAGGUUACGGUACGUUCUUAACUCUGUUACAGAAGCAUCACACUCAGCUCACUAGUGGCGUGAUUACUGCAAAUGCUAACAACCCAUUCAAUGGGUAUCACAGUGCUUGAGCCAUAUAAAUCAUAUAUGUUUUUAAGACGAGUUAAAAGAGUUAUGA